CUCCGCUGCCCAGAGACUAAGGCGGAUCCCCCAACCCAGUCUCAUAUUGAUCCCCCUUGGCCAGAGGGCGAGAAGCCACAGGUCAAUAUGGCCAAAGCGGAGGCCUCCUCGUCGCUGGAGGACUUAGACCUGAGUGGAGAGGAGGUCCAGCAGCUCACCUCCGCCUUCCAGGACCCGGAGUUCCGGCGAAUGUUCUCCCAGUACGCCGAGGAGCUCACCGACCCGGAGAACCGGCGGCGCUACGAGGCUGAGAUCACCGCGCUAGAGCGUGAGCGCGGGGUGGAGGUGCGGUUCGUGCACCCGCAGCCGGGGCACGUGCUGCGCACCAGCCUGGACGGGACACGGCGCUGCUUCGUGAACGUCUGCAGCAAUGCGCUGGUGGGCGCGCCCAGCAGCCGGCCCAGCUCCGAUGACGACCCGGGUGCAGCUCCUGGCAGUCACUGGUCCCUGCCCUACAGUUUGGCGCCAGGCCGUGAGUACGCGGGGCGCAGCAGCAGCCGAUACAUGGUCUACGACGUGGUCUUCCAUCCAGACGCGCUAGCGCUGGCCCGGCGGCACGAGGGCUUCAGCCAGAUGCUGGACGCUACGGCCCUGGAGGCCGUCGAGAAGCAGUUCGGCGUGAAGCUGGACCGCAGGAAUGCCAAGACCCUGAAAGCCAAGUAUAAGGGGACCCCCGAGGCUGCGGUGUUGCGCACACCCCUGCCCGGGGUCAUCCUGGCCAGGCCUGAGGGAGAGCCGAAGAGUCCUCUCCCGGACUUCCCCUACCCCUACCAGUACCCAGCAACCACCCGGAACUCUGCAACCCCCGGGCCCCGAGCGCCCUCCCCUCCGGAAGCGGCCUUGCAGCCCGCCCCCACCGAGCCCCGCUACAGCGUGGUGCAGCGCCACCACGUGGACCUCCAGGAUUACCGCUGCUCCAGGGACUCAGCCCCGAGCCCCGUACCCCAUGAGCUGGUGGUCACCAUCGAACUGCCGCUGUUGCGCUCGGCCGAGCAGGCGGCGCUGGAGGUGACGGGAAAGCUGCUGUGCCUCGACUCAAGGAAACCCGACUACCGGCUGCGGCUCUCGCUCCCGUACCAAGUGGACGACGGCCGCGGCAAGGCACAAUUCAACAAGGCCCGGCGACAGCUGGUGGUUACGCUGCCAGUGGUACUGCCGGCCGCGCGCCGGGAUCCCGCCGUCGCCGGCGCAGUCGCCGCCGCCGCGCCGGAAGAGUCCUUGGACCCGUCCGGAACUGACGGCCAGGCCUGCGCUUCCGUUCGCGAAGGGGAGGCGGGACCCGCGGGGAGUCGCGCCGAGGACGGAGGCCGCGAUACCUGCGUGGCUGGGGCUGCGAGCUCUGGGGUCACCACUGUGGGCGACCCCGAGGUGGCGUCCCCGCCAGCCGGCGCUGGAGAGGAGCGUGUCCCCAAGCCGGAGGAGCAGGACUUGAGCAGGCACGCGGGGUCGCCUCCGGGCAGCGUGGAGGAACCAUCUCCCGGAGGAGAGAUCUCACCUGGUGGCGGAGGCUCCCUUUGUACGUCCUGCCGGGGCCUUGCCUGGGAGUCUUAUGCGGGAAGAGAGAGUGCGCCCGGAGAUACCGGUGUGGAGACGCGCGAGGAGUCGGAGGGCAAGCGCUGCGAGCGCUCAGCCCGCGCCAUGGGUGGUCCCGGGACCAAGAGCGGGGAGCCUUUGUGUCCUCCGUUACUGUGUAAUCAGGACAAAGAAACCUUGACUCUGCUCAUUCAGGUGCCUCAGAUCCAGCCGCAAAGUCUUCAAGGAGAUUUGAAUCCCCUCUGGUACAAAUUACGCUUCUCCACACAAGACUUAGUUUAUUCCUUCUUUUUGCAAUUUGCUCCAGAGAAUAAAUUGAGUACCACAGAACCUGUGAUUAGCGUUUCUUCAAACAAUGCAGUGAUAGAACUGGCAAAAUCUCCAGAGAGCCAUGGACAUUGGAGAGAGUGGUAUUAUGGUGUAAACAACGAUUCUUUGGAGGAAAGGUUAUUUGUCAAUGAAGAAAAUGUUAAUGAGUUUCUUGAAGAGGUCCUGAGCUCUCCAUUCAAACAGUGUACGUCCUUGACCCCACCAUUAAUUGAAGUUCUUCAAGUUACUGAUAAUAAGAUUGAAAUUAAUGCAAAGUUGCAAGAAUGUGGUAACUCUGAUCAGCUACAAGGAAAGGAAGAAAAAGGAAAGGAAGAAAGGGUAAACGAAGAAAGUCCUCUAACUGAAAAGGAAUAUAUAGAACAUUGUAACACCUCUACAACUGAUUCUGAUUCAUCUAUAGCAGUUAAAGCACUACAAAUAGAUAGCUUUGGUUCAGUUACAUGCUUUCAACAAGAGUCUCUUGAUGUUUCUCAAAUGAUACUUGGAAAAUCUCAGCAACCUGAGUCAAAAAUGCAAUCUGAAUUUAUAAAAGAAAAAAGUGCUACUUGCUCAAAUGAGGAAAAAGAUAACUUAAACGAGUCAGUAAUAACUGAAGAGAAAGAAACAGAUGGAGAUCACCUAUCUUCAUUACUGAACAAAACUACAGUUCACAAUAUACCUGGAUUUGACAGCAUAAAAGAAACCAAUAUGCAGGAUGGUAGUGUACAGGUCAUUAAAGAUCAUGUGACCAAUUGUACAUUCAGUUUUCAGAAUUCUUUACUAUAUGAUUUGGAUUAAUUCUAUAUAAUUUUGGACUUUUAAAUAUUAAGGUUAAAAAAUGCCUGUAUCUAAAAUUGAUUCUGUUAACUGUUGUCUUAAAACCAAAGGCAUUAAAGUAUAAAAUUAAAAUUUGCAAUUUUUUUUUUUUUUAAAUUGCAGUUUUGAUUCUCAUGGGGGAAAUUGGAGAUUUUUAUUUUUUUUUUACCUCUGGAGUUUAAAGUUUCUUUAUGGAGAUAAGUUUGUGAUUCCUGUAAUAAAUGUGUAUAUUUUUCUAUUUGAGAGUUAAAACAUUGUUUAAUACAACCUGUGUAUAUAUACUUCUGUGUUAAAUUUUGCUUUGUCAUUACUUUAAUAAAAUUUCAAAAUAAAUAUUCACUAA